CCCUCUCUCUCACUCUCCUUCUCCCUCUCCCACCCGUUCAUUCCCCCUUCCCCAUAAAUUUUUUGCCCCAAUUUGUUUAACUCUUUUUUGGUGUAGUGAAUCCGGUGGCUCUUCUCCCCUACGGUGGUGGUCCGACAAUAUCUCCGAUGCAGUGAACUCGACGGCUUUGGUACAAGAUGGCAUUUGCGCAUCGUAGAUGGAUGUAUAAUAGGAAUCAUCCUAAUCGUGUGGGGUUAAGGGAUGAAUUUAAAGAAGGAUUUGCUAGAUUUAUUGCUAAGCCAAGGACAUUUGAUGAUUUUCGUAUUGAAGGGACGAUUAGGUACCCUUGUGUGAAAUGCAUGUGCAUUAAGUUAUUGGGAGAAGAUGUUGUUACAUGUCAUCUUUUUAAAAAGAGAUUUAUGAAAAAUUAUUAUGUGUGGACUGCUCAUGAGGAGAAUCUAGAUAGCGUAAAUAAUGUUGAUUUUCAUAAUUCUUUUGGUAGUGAGGAGGGUAGUCCCGUAGUGGAGAAUAAUAUUGAAUAUUCUAGAUUCAAUGACAUGAUGAGGAAUGCCUUUGAGAUGUUCCCGAGGGCUCAAUUUGAACCAAAUGACGAGGCUAAGCGAUUUUUCAAAGAGUUAGAGGAGGCUAGUUGUCCGUUGUAUGAAGACUCAGUGCAUUCCAAGUUGUCUGUUGCUGUUCGAUUACUUCAGAUUAAGUCGGAUAGUUCUAUUUCUCAAUCGGGCAUGAAUUAUAUCAUUGGGCUUAUGAAUGAACUUAAUCCGAGUAACAUCGACCUAUCCAAAGAAUUCUACACGACAAAAUAAUAGGUUUCCAAGUUGGGUAUUUCAUCAGAGAGGAUUCAUUGCAGUGAGAAUGGUUGCAUUUUAUUUUAUAAGGAUGAUGCAUCUCUAGAGAACUGCAAAUUUUGUAACAAGCCUCGUUACAAUGAUGUCACAAAUGAUACAAAGAAGAAGAUCCUGGUGAAGGUGAUGCACUACUUACCCCUUAUACCAAAGUUAAAGAGGUUGUAUGCAUCAAUGAGAUUCACUCCUAAUAUGAGAUGGCCUUAUGAGCAAAUUUUGUAACAAACCUCGUUAAUGUUGUUUGAUUAGUUGGUUGGUUGAUAUAAAUAUUAUUGUUCGGUUUGUAGUAAAUAUUGAAUUUGAAUUGUUAUACUAGGUAUUUGGUUGGCUGUUUUAUUUGGCAGGUGGUGUAAUUAAAACUACAACAAAAUUCUGCUAAAUAUUUCCAGAUUUGGGGCUGA